AUGGACUCCCCUUGUGAGGAUCGCUCGGUUGUAGCAGCACCAAAGGAGCCCUCGGUUGUAGCUGCACCUGCAGAGUCUCCAGUUGUUGCAGCACUUGAGAAACCGUCGGCUGUAGCAGCAGCGUCUGCGAGUGUGUCUGAGACGGUAUCAGAGGCCUGCCAUGUCGUCGUGAACAUGGACUUGCUCACACCCCUGGUUGCAGCCUCUCCUGGCGGAAAACCAGUGGGAGGAUCAGCUUUUGAGGGAGAUUUGCUCGGUGGAGAGAGAUGUGGAGGAGUUGAGGGGAGUGGUGAAGGAGAAAGACGGGGAACUGGAGAGGCUGAGGGUGGAAGUUUCGAGGAAAGUAGAGCUUCUGAGGCGCGUGCAUGGGCGAGCGAUGAAGAUGAGGGCGGACGCGAAGGGGACGAUCCGACGGCUGAGAUUGGAGCUGCAGACGGCGCGGGGGUUGCUGGAGAGGAGGGAGGAGAGGGUGAGGGAGAAGGGAGGGCGUUGAGGGGAGAGAUUAGUGUGUUGGUGCAGGAACUUGAGGAGAUUAGGGGUGGGAAUGAGGCGGUGGUGUGUGUGUUAGAGGAGGCGAGGAAAGAGGUGGUGGAGGAGAGAAAGGAGAUUGAGAAGGGGAGGAGGGAGGUGGAGGAGGCUGUGAGGGAGGUGCGGAAGCUGCAGAAUGGGAAGGAUGAGGAGGGGGAGAAGGAGAAGGAGAAAAAGAAGGAGAAGGAGGGUGAGAGGAGAGAGGAGGGAGAGGAGGGAUCCGCUAAUAGGGAAGGAGAGGAAGCUAGGGAGGGAGAGGGGAGUGGGGGGAAUGACACUAGUGGUAUGAACAAUCUGCUGCUGGUCCAGGAGGACAUGAGGAGGCGAGAGGAAGAGUUGCAACGAGAGGCGGAGCAGGUGAGAGAGUGGCUGCACGCGGAGAGGCAGCAGCGCGCCCUCCUGGAACAGCAGCUGGCGGCAUUGGAAGAACAGAUAGAGGGGUUGAAAGAGGCGCGGAGUGGUGCUGAGGCGACUCAGGAAAAGCAGCUGGCGGAUUUGGAAGAGCAGAUUGAGGGGCUGAAAGCGGCUCGGAAGGGUGCGGUUGAGCAGAUGGAGAGGGAGAGGAGAGAGUGGGUGGAGGAGAGGAAGAGGGAGAGGGUGGGGAGAGAGGAGGAGAGGGAGCGGGCGGAGAGGGAGAUGAAAGAGAGAGUGGAGGAGGAGGAGGGGAGGAGGAGGGAUGUGGAGGUGGAAGUGAGAGAGCUGAAGGAGAGGCUUGGUGGCGAGGAGGAAGAGAGGAGGAAGGCGGAGGAGGACAGAGAGGGAUUGAGGAGGAGAGGAGGGAGGGCGGAGGAGGGGAGGGUGAGAGCGGGGGAGGAGUGGAAGAGAGAGAAGGAGGAGGUAGAGAAGGGGGUGGAGGAGGAGAGGAGGAGGAGAGGGGAUGCGGAGGAGGAGGUGGUGAGGCUGAAGGAACGUGAGGUGGCAUUGUUGACUGCGUUGACUGAGGAGACUGGGAAGGUGGGAACGCUGGAGGCUGCUUUGGCGGAGCGAGAGGCGAGGAUAUCCUCGAUAGAAGCAGAGAUUCGCUACAAGGAGGUACGUGCUGGUGAGUUGGAAGCGAGGGUUAGAGAGCUGGAGGGGAGGAUUGAGGAAGGUAGGGUUGAGUUUGAGAAGGAACGGAGGAGGAUGGAAGCGGAGAGGAGAGAGGAGAAUGUGGUGAAGGAGAGGGAGAGGGAGGAAGAGAGGAAGGAGAGGGAGGAAGAGGAGAGGAGGCAAGCUGCAGAGGCGGCUGAAAGAGAGGCGGAACGAGAGGCAGAGAUGAAAGCGAAGGAAGAGGCGAUUCAAAGGCUGGAAGCAGUAGUUAUGGAGCUCAGAGAGAAGGCUUGUGAGCUAGAGAAGCAGCGAGGAGAGAAAGAGGAAAAGGUGAAGGGUUUAGAGGAGGAAGUGAGAGAGCUUGGGGAUAUGGUUGCAGUGCUGCAGGCUGGAAUAGCUGCGAAACGAGCGGAGCUAGCAGCCAAGGCGGCUGAAUCGGAGAGGAUGGGUCAGCUGGAAGAGCAAGUGAGGGACGGGGAGGAGCGAGUGAGGGAGAGAGAGGAGGAGGUGAGGAGGCUUGAGGAGAGAGUGAGGGAGGUGGAAGGGGAGAUGGAGGAGUUGUCGGUGCAGGUGAGUGCGUUGAGAGGGGAGGUGGAGGCGAAGGAGGGGGAGAGGGAGGAGGUCGAGAGGAAGGGGAGGAAGAGGGAAGGGAGGGUGAGGGAAUUGGAGGAGGAGAUUGGGAGGAGAGAGAAGAGGGAGAGAGAGAUGGAGGAGGAAUUGGGUGUGAGGGAGAGGAGGAUUGGGGAGCUUGAGGGGUUGAUGAGGGAGAGGGUGAGGGAGGUGGAGGGGAAGGAGAGGGAGAGGGAGGAGAUAGAGAGGGAAAUGGAAGGAUUGAAGGGAGAGAGGGAGGAAUGGCAGAGGGAGAAAGAGGAAUUGGAAAGGCAGAUUGAUGGAUUGCGGAGGGAGAAGGAGGAGUUGAAUGGGGAACUGGAACGGUUGAAAGGAGCAUUGGAAGGUGUGAAGGGCGAGAAGGAGGAAUUGGAGAGGCAGAUUGAGGUGAUGCGGAGGGAGAAGGAGGAAGUGAAAGAGGAGUUAGAGCGACUGAAAGAAGAGCUGGAAAGUGUGAAGAGGGAGAGGGAGGCAAGGCUGCAAGCAAGCCAGGCAGAGGUGAGGGGGGAGAAGGAGAAGCGGUCGAUGCUGGAGGUGAGGGCGCAAUUGCUUCAAGACAGAGUCGUGCAGGUGGAAAGGGAGAGGGAAGAGACGUCAGGUCAGUUGGAGGAGAGGACACGCGAGCUGGAGGAAAAGAGAGAAACGGUGGGGCAGCUGGAGAAGACAGUGAAUGAAUUGGAGGAGAGGGUGCAGUCGCUGCAAGACAAGGUGGUGCAGGUGGAAGGGGAGAGGGAAGAGACGGUAGGUCAGCUGGAGGAGAGGACACGCGAGCUGGAGGAGAAGAAGGAAAUGGUGGGACAGCUGGAGAAGACAGUGAGGGGACUGAAUGAGCGGUUGCAGAUGCUUGAAGACAGGGUACGGCAGGUGGAAGGGGAGAGGGCGGAAACGGUAGCGCAGCUGAAGAAGACCGUGUGUGAAGUGGAGGAGAGGAAAGAGAGAGUGUGUGAGCUGGAGAAGAAAGUUUUUGAGCUGGAAGAGAAGGUGCAGUUUGUGCAAGAGGAGAGGAAGGAGGUGGUGGGGCAGCUGGGAAACAAAAUAUUUGAAUUGGAGGCGAAGAAAGAGAGAGUGUGCGAGCUGGAGACGAGUGCUUGUGAGCUGGAGAAGAGAGUCUGUGAGCUGGAAGAGACGGUGCGGUGCCUGCAAGAGGGGAGGAAGGAGGUGGUGGGGCAGCUGGAGGAGAGGGUCCGCGAGGUGCAGGAGAAGAACGAGAGGGUGUGUCAGUUGGAGAAGGAAGUAUUUGAGCUGGAGGAGAGGGCGAAUUCCCUGCAAGAGGAGAGGAAGGAGGUGGUUUACCAGCUGGGAAAUACGAAAUUUGAACUGGAGGCGAGGAAAGAGAGAGUGUGCGAGCUGGAGAAGAGGGUUUCUGAGAUGGAGGUAAGGGUACAGUCUGUGCAGGAGGAGCGGAAGCAGGUAGUGUGUGAGCUGGAAAAGAGGGUUUGCGAGCUGCAGGAGAGGAAGGAUGCGGUAUGUCAGUUGGAAAAGAGAGUUUCUGAGCUGGAGGAAAGGGUGCAGUCUGUGCAAGAGGAGAGGAAGGAGGUGGUCUACCAGCUGGGAAAUACGAAAUUUGAGCUGGAGGCGAGGAAAGAGAGGGUGGUUGAGUUGGCGAAGGAGGAGGUCAUUUCACGGGCGAGAAUCGCUGAACUGGAGAACAGGGAGACUGUUCUGCAGGCGAGAUUAGUAGAGGUGGAGUUGGAGAGGGAGGUGGAGGAGAAGGAGGGUGCUUUGCAGGCGAGAGUUGCUGAACUGGAGAACAGGGAGACUGUUCUGCAGGCGAGAUUAAUAGAGGUGGAGAAGCAGGGGGCUGUCUUACAGGCGAGAGCGGUCGAGUUGGAAAGGCAGGAGGUUGCUUCACAGGCGGCGUUAGCAGAACUGAAGGAGAAAAGGGAUAUUUUGGAGGCGAAAGUGGUUGAGAUGGAAACGAAGGAGGUUGCUUCACAGGCGGCGUUAGCAGAACUGAAGGAGAAGGGAGAUGUUUUACAGGCGAGAGUGGUUGAGCUGGAGAAGCAGGUGGAGGAGGGAAGGGAGGAGGUGGAGCGAGGGAGGGAGGAGGUUGAGAGGGUGAAGCGAGAGAGGGAGGAGGCGAGGGAGAGAGUGUGGGUGGUGGAGAAAGAAAGGGAGAUAGGGGAGGAGGUGUUGGUGGGGUGGAAGAGGGAGGUGGAGGAGAAAGAAGGGGCGGUGGUGGGGUUGAGGGGCGAGUUGACGGAGAAGGAAGAGGCUUUGAAGGAGCUGGAAGCGGUGUUGGUGGGUGUGAGGGGAGAGUUGACGGAGAAAGAAGAGGCUUUGAAGGAGCUGGAAGCGGUGUUGGUGGGUGUGAGGGGAGAGUUGAAGGAGAAGGAAGAGGCUUUGAAGGAGUUGGAAGGGGUGGUGGUGGGUGUGAGGAGGGAGUUAAAGGAGAAGGAAGAGGUUUUGAAGGAGCUGGAAGGGGUGGUGGUGGGUCUGAAGGGAGAGUUAACGGAGAAGGAGAUUCUGAAGGGAUUGCAGAGUGAAGUGAAGGAGAAAGAAAGUGAGGUGGCGAGUCUGAUCAGGGAGUUGAAAGUAAAGGAGGAGAAUCUGGAGGAGCUGAAGGGGAAGUUGGAGGAGUUGGAAGGGGUGAUGGUGGAGUUGAGGGGCGAAGCGAAGGGGAAGGAAGGCGAGGUGGCGAAGUUGGUGCGAGGAAUGGAGGGGAAGGAUGCGGCUGUGAAGCGGUUGACGGGGGAGGUAGAGGGGUUGAAAAGGAAUUUGGAGGAGUCUAACGGGGAGAGUGCACGGUUGAUAGGGGAGCUGCAAACGGCACUGGGGGAGAGGGAGGAUGAGUUGAGGGCAGUUGAGGAUGAGAGGAAAGGCGUGCAGGCCGAAUUGGAAUGGAAGGGGGGAGAGUUGAGGGCUGUUGAGGAGGAGAGGAAAGGCGUGCAAGCAGCAUUGCAACAGAAGGAGGGCGAGUUGAAGGCCGUGGAGGAUGAGAAGAAAGGCGUGCAGGCAGAAUUGGAGUGGAAGGAGAGGGAGUUGAGGGCUGUUGAGGAGGAGAGGAAAGGAUUGCAGACAGAAUUAGAACGAAAGGAGGGCAAGUUGAGGGCAGUAGAGGAGGAAAGAAAGGGCGUGCAGGCAGAACUAGAACGAAAGGAGGGCGAGUUGAGGGCGAUGGAGGAUGAGAGGAAGGGCAUGCAGGCAGAAUUGGAAUGGAAGGAGGGAGAGUUGAGGGCUGUUGAGGAGGAGAGGAAAGGAUUGCAGACAGAAUUAGAACGAAAGGAGGGCAAGUUGAGGGCAGUAGAGGAGGAAAGAAAGGGCGUGCAGGCAGAACUAGAACGAAAGGAGGGCGAGUUGAGGGCGAUGGAGGAUGAGAGGAAGGGCAUGCAGGCAGGAUUGGAAUGGAAGGAGGGAGAGUUGAGGGCUGUUGAGGAGGAGAGGAAAGGCGUGCAAGCAGCAUUGCAACAGAAGGAGGGCGAGUUGAAGGCCGUGGAGGAUGAGAAGAAAGGCGUGCAGGCAGAAUUGGAGUGGAAGGAGAGGGAGUUGAGGGCUGUUGAGGAGGAGAGGAAAGGAUUGCAGACAGAAUUAGAACGAAAGGAGGGCAAGCUGAGGGCAGUAGAGGAGGAAAGAAAGGGCGUGCAGGCAGAACUAGAACGAAAGGAGGGCGAGUUGAGGGCAAUGGAGGAUGAGAGGAAGGGCAUGCAGGCAGAAUUAGAUUGGAAGGAGGGAGAGUUGAGGGCUGUAAAUGAGGAGAGGAAUGGCCUGCAGGCAGCAUUGGGGGAGAGGGAGGGCGAGUUGAGGACAGCUGAGGAUGAGAGUAAAGGCGUGCAGGCAGAGUUGGAAUUGAAGGAGGGCGAGUUGAGGGCAAUGGAAAAGAGUCUGGAGGACAAAGAGAAGAAAGUUCUGCUCUUGACUGAGGCAGUGAGCAGCAAGCAGCAGGAGAUCAAAGUGUUGAAGGGAGAUAUGGAGGUGUUGAGAGAGGAAAGUGCAGUGAUGCGAGGUAAGGCUGGCGAGGUGUUGAGAGAGGCGAGGGAGCAAGUGACAGCGCUGGAAGCACAGAUGAGCGGAAAGCAGCAAGAGAUUAAAGUGUUGAAGGGAGAGAUGGAAGUGUUGAGAGAGGAAAGCGCAGUGAUGCAAGAAAAGGCUGGUGAGACGUUGAGAGAGGCGAGGGAGCAGGUGGCAGUGCUGGAAGCACAGAUGGGGGAGGGGAGGAGGCAGUUGGAGGAGAGUGUUGAGGAGGGUCGAAAGGCGAUGGAGCAGGUGGCAGCGCUACAGGCACAGGUGGAGGAGGGGAGGCGGCAAUUGGUGGAGAAGAGUCAGCAGUUGGAGGAGGCUCGAGCGGAGGUUCGUAAGGAGAGGGAGCAGGUAACAGCGCUGGAAGCACAGGUGGAUGAGGGGAGGCGGCAACUGGAGGAAGGAAGGCAGCAGCUGAAGGAGGCUCUUGAUGAUCUCCGAAAGGAGAGGGAGGAGAUGCAGGUGGUACGUGCACGUUUGGCGGAAAAGGAGGGUACUGUGCGGGAGAAAGAGGCGAUGGUGUUGGUGCGGGAUGCAAAGAUUCUGGUGCUGGAAUCGGCAGUGGAAGGGAAGGGCCGGCAGGUGUAUGCACUGCAGGGCGAGGUGGAAGAGAGGGUGAGGCGAGCUAGUGGGCUGCAGGCGAGAGUGGAUGAGAAGGAAGGACAAAUAUCCUCGUUGCAAGCUGAGUUGGAAGAGAGGGCGAGGGAAGUGAGUGGGCUGCAGGCGAGAGUGGAGGAGAGGGAGGGGCAGGCAUCCUCGUUACAAGCAGAGGUGGAAGAAAAGGUAAGGGAGGUGAGUGGGCUGAGGGCGAGUGUGCAGGAGAAGGAAGGACAAUUAUCCUCGUUACAAGCUGAGUUGGAAGAAAGGGUGAGGGAAGUGAGUGGGCUGCAGGCGAGGGUGGAGGAGAGGGAGGGGCAGGUAUCCUCGCUACAAGCUGAGCUGGAAGAUGGGGUGAGGCAAAUGGGAGUGUUACAGGCAAGUGUGCAGGAGAAGGAGGAGCAGGUAUCCUCGUUACAAGCUGAGUUGGAAGAGAAGGUGCGGCAGGUGAGUGGGCUGCAGGCGAGUGUGCAGGAGAAGGAAGGACAAAUAUCCUCGUUACAAGCCGAGAUAGACGAGAGUUUGAAGCAAUUGGGGGUGCUGCGGGCGAGUGUGAAGGAGGAAGAGGAGCAGGUAUCCUCGUUACAGGGUCAGUUGGAGGAGAGGGUGAGGCAAGUGAGUGGGUUGCAGGUGAGUGUGGAGGAGAAGGAGGUGGUGAUAUCCUCGUUACAGGCAGAGAUGGAGGAGAGGGUAAAGCAAAUGGGGGUGCUGCAGGCGAGUGUGCAGGAGAAGGAGGAGCAGGUAUCCUCGUUACAAGCUCAAUUAGAAGAGAGGGUUAAACAAAUGGGAGUGCUGCAGGCAAGUCUGCAGGAGAAGGAGGAGCAGGUAUCCUCGUUACAGGCUGACUUGGAAGAAAGCGUGAUGCAAAUGGGGGCGCUACAGGCAAGUGUGCAAGAGAAGGAAGGCCAGAUAUCUUUGUUACAAGCUGAUAAGGAAGAGCAGUUGAGGCAAAUGGGGGUUUUGCAGGCGAGUGUGGGUGAGAAGGAGGAGCAGGUAUCCUUGUUACAAGCUGAGUUGGAAGAGAGGGCGAAGGACGUUGGGACUCUUCAAAAAAGUGUUCAGGAAAGGGAGAAGCAGGUAUCCUCGUUACAGGAUGAUUUGGAAGAGAAGGUGCGGCAAAUGGGGGCACUACAGGCGAGUGUGGAUGAGAAGGAGGAGCAGGUAUUCUCGUUACAAGCAGGUGUAGGAGAGAAAGAGCAGCAGGUGAAAGUGCUGGAGAGCCAAGUGGAAGAGAGUGUGAUGCAAGCUGCUGCGUUACAAGCAGGAGUAGAAGAGAGGGAGAAGCAGAUAUCCUUGUUACAAGCAGGAGUAGAGGAGAGGGAAAGGCAGAUGUCCGCGUUACAAGCAGUAGUUGAAAAAAGGGAUAAGCAACUAUUUGCGUUACAAGCAGGAGUUGAGGAGAGGGAACAGCAGAUAUCCGUGUUGCAAGCAGGAGUGAAAGAGAAGGAGCAGCAGGUAUUGGCUCUUGUGCAAGAGAAGGAACAGCAAAUACUGAUGGUGCAGAGAGAGAGGGAAGAGUGGGAAGAGGCUAGAGGGAGGAUGGCAGCGAGUGGGAAAGAAGCGGUGGAGAGGAGUGAGAGGGAGAUAGCUGCGAGGGCCGAGGAAGUUGCCCUGCUGCAGAAGGAGAAAACAGAGGUGUUGAGAGUGGUUGAAGAGCUGGAGGCGAGGGUGAGGGAGAGAGAGAUGGAUGUUGCGCGUGAGAAAGAGGCGGUGGAGAGGAGUGAGAGGGAGAUAGCUGCGAGGGUUGAGGAAGUUGCACGUCUGCAGAAGGAGAAAACAGAGGUGUUGAGAGUGGUUGAAGAGCUGGAGGUGAGGAUGAGAGAUAGGGAGGAGAAGGAGCAACAGGUGGUCGCAGCGCUGCAGGCGUGUGUGCAAGAGAAGGAGCAGCAGAUAGCGGUGCUGCAGAGAGAUAAGGAAGAGAUGCUGAGAGCGGUUGAAGUGUUGGAGGUUAAGGUGAGGGAUGGAGAGGAGAAGGAGCAACAGGUGGUAGCGCUGCAGGCGUGUGUGCAAGAGAAGGAGCAGCAGAUAGCGGUGCUGCAGAGAGAGAGGGCGGAAUGGGAGGAGAGAGUGGGAGUGGUGCAGUGUGAAAUGGAGGGGAAAGUGAGGGAGAUGGAGGGGCUAGUUGCUGAGGUGGAACGACUGGCUGGUGAGGUGGAAUGGCUCUAUGCUGAGCUGGAAAAGGAGCGCAAGCCGAGGCGUGGCUUGGAUGCUGAGCUGGCACGUGUGGUUAAAGCGAAGGAGAGUCUACAAAAGGAGGUGGCGGGUUUGAAAGAGAGAGUGAGGGAGAUUGAAAGGGAGAGUGUGAAGACGAGAGAAGAGGGAGAGAGGGAGAGGAUGAGGUUGAGCAAGGAGUGUGAGAGUGAGCGUGUGAAAAACGUGAAAGCGAGUGAGGAGCUGAGUGAAAGAGUGCAGGAGCUUUCUGCAUUGAAGACAGAGAGGGAAGGGCUUGUGAGAGAGUGCAAGGAAUUGAAGGAAGAAGCAAGGAAGCUGCGAGAGAGAGUGCAGGUUCUUACUACUGAAGGGGAGGUGUUAUCUGAGAGGGUUGGGGCUGCAGAGAGGAGGGUGGAGGAGGAGAGGGGGAGGAGGGAGGAGGUGGAGAGAGAGAGGGAGAGUGUGAGGGAGGAGCUGGAGGAGGGGUUGAGGGGAGUGAGGGAGAUGGGGGGGAGAGUGGAGGAGAUGGAAGGGGAAGUGAGUGUGCUACAGAGACAGAUGGAAAAGGCUGAGGAGAGGAGAGAGGAGGCUGAGAGGGAAAGGGGUAAUGUAGAGAGGGAUAUGGAGAUGUUAGUCAAGCGGUUGAGAGAGGAGGAGAGGAGUCUGAGGGAGGGAGAGGAGGAGGUGGAGCGAGUGAGAAAGAGAAUGGAGGAGGUGGAGAGGGAGUGGGAGGAGAGUGAGGGGGAGAGGAUGAGGUUGAUGAGGGAGGUGGGUGGUCUGGAGGAGAGAGUGAGGGAGCGAGAGGAGGAGUUGGAAGGGGUGAGGAGGGAGAGGGAUGGGUGGAGAGGGGUGCUGGUUAGACUGAAAGAGAGUCUAGCAAAGGAAGGAGCAGGACAAGGGGUAAGGGUGCAAGUGGUUAAAGAGGAGGUGGGGAGAGAGGAGGGGCAAGGCGAAGCAGUGAGGAGACAGAUGGAGGAGGAGAUUACAGCGCUUGUCCAGUCUAAUGCUGACGCAGCGAGGGCUGAUGUUGACAUGGCAAGGGCCGAUGCUGACGCUGCGAGGGCGGAGGCUGACGCCGCAAGAGCUGAUGCUGACGUGGUCAACAAAAGGCUCCAGGAGGCUGUAGCAGAAGCUGAAGCUGCACGGAAGGCAGCUGUAGCAGCUGAAGCUGCAAGGAUGGUGGCUGUAGCAGAGAGUGAAGCUGCGAGGAAGGCGGCUGUUGCAGAAACGGAAGCUGCACGAGAGGAGGUUGUAGCACUGGAGGAGGAGGUAGAGAGAAUGAGGGAGGGAGUGGGGGAUCGAGUGAGGGAGUUGGAGGUGGAGAUUGAGGGAGUGAGUGAGAGGCUUGGGAAGGCUGAGAAGGAGGUGAGGGAGAAGGAGAGGGAGGUGAAGAGGCAGAGGGAGGAGCUAAGAGUAAAAGAGGAGGAGCUGGAAGUGAGGUGCAAAGAGGUACAAGAGAAGGGCAAAAAGGUCGAGGAACUGAUGGGUGUUGUGGAAGAAACGAAGAUGAUUGUAUUGAGGAAAGAGGAGGAGUUAAAAAUGAGGGGCAAGGAGGUAGAGAAGAGGAGCAAAGAGGUUGAGAGACUGAUGGGGAUUGUGGGAGAAACGAAGAUGCUUUUAGCGAGGAAAGAGGAGGAGUUGGAAGUGAGGGGCAAAGAGGUGAAUGAGUUGACAGGGCUUGUGGAAGAAGCGAAGAUGCUUGUAGCGAGGACAGAGGAGGAGGGCAGGAUGGCACGAAUAGUGCUGGAAGGAACAGUGGUUAGCUUAAAAGAGGAGAUAGAGAGGGUUGCAGGAGAGGGGUUGGAAGCGGUGGAGAGGGUUAGAGAGGAGGGUAGGGAGGAAGUGGAGAGGGCUAGGGAGGAGGGUAGGGAGGAGAUUGAGAGGGUUAGGGAGGAGGGUAACGAGGAGGUUGAGAGAGUGAGGCAGCAGGCUUGGAAACAGGUGUCGGAGGCUUGGCAAAAGGCUCGGGAGGAGGUGGAACUGGUUAGGGAGCAGCUGGAGCAGGUUCGGGAGCAGCUCCGGAGGGAGGUGGUAUCCAGACAGGUGGAGACUGAACAGAGGGUUGUGGCUGAGGGGAGGUUGCGGGAGAUUGAGGAGAGAGUGAGGGAGAUGGAGAGGGAGAGGAGGGAGGUGGAAGGGGUGGUUGAGAGAGUGAGGAGGGAGUGGGAGGAGAAGGAGAGGGAGAUGAGGAGAGAGUGGGAGGAGAAGAGGUGUGGGAUGGAAGUGCUGGUGAGUCAGAUUGAGGAGAUGUGGAAGGGAAGAGUGGAGGAAGGGGAGAGGGAGAGGGAAAGGGAGAGAGAGAGGAGGGAGGCGGAGUGGGUGGAGGAGAGGAGAAGGUUGGCUGAGGAAGUUGAUAGGGAGAGGGAGAGAGUGAGGGAAGAGGGGGAGAAAGAGGGUGAGAGAGUGAGGAAAGAGGUGGAACAAGAGAGGGAGAGAGCUCUGGCAGAUGUGGACAGGGAGAGGGAGGAAGUGAGGGAGCAGAGGGAGAGAGUGAGGGAGGAGAGGGAGAGAGUCAGGGAGGAGGUGGAGCGAGAGAAGGAGGAAGUGAGAAAUCAACUGGAAAUGGAGAGGAAGAGGUUAAUGGAUGAUUUGGAGGAAAGAGAGAGAAAGUUGAAAGAGGCUGAGGAGAAGUGGAAGGAGGGGAGGAUGGAGGAAGAGAAAUCGGAGGAAACCGUAGGGGAGGAGGUGGGGACGAAUCGGGGGAAAGAGGAGGGGAAGGAGGGCGAGGAGAGAGAAGAUGAAGUGGUGGCGAAGCAAGGAGGUGACGAUGAGGAUAGAGGAGAGGUGGCAGCGAGAGAACGGGCAGAGAAGGAGUGGAGGGAGCGAGAGAAGGAAUGGCAAGCGAGAGAGGAGGAGUGGGGGAGGAGGACGGUGGAGUGGAUAGGGAGAGUGAAGGCGCUGGGUGCUCAGUGGAAGGGAGUGGUGCAGCGAGAGAGGCGAGCGAGAGUGAUGGAGCAGCGGGCCAGAUUGGAGGAGAGGAAGGCGAGAGAGGAGGAGAGCAGAGCUAGGGAGGAGGAGGAGAGGAGGCAAGGAAGUGAAGUGUGUGUGAUAGGCAAGGAGCAAGUGAGGGAGCUAGGGUCGUAUAUCACCAGCAUGGAGUUCGUCUGUGGAAGGUUCCAGCGUGCUCUAGCGGCCAAGGUGCAGCAGCUACAGGAGGAGCGGCAGCGGGUGGAAGGGAUAGUAGAGCAGGCAGCACGGGAGAGGGCUGCGCGGGACGCUGCACUGAAGACGCUUAUAACGGGGAUGGAGAAACGCGAUUUUGCGGCGAGUGAGCCGUAUGCAUCAGUGGACGCGGCAGCAGCUGAGGCCUUCGCAUGGCACGACUCCCAGCUAGAGGCCUUGACCCGCCGUGCUGCUCACAUGCUGCAUGCCGGCUCGGAAGCACCCACCGCAGCUGCUGGAACGACGCCACACCUCUCUGCAUCCACCCCUUCGCUGUACAUGGACACGGAGCAGGGUCAGAGAAAGCCUUCGGAACCAUGUGGUGCAGGGGCAGGUGGUGGGGCAGGUGGUGGGGCAGCUGGUGGGGCAGGUGCAGGGGCAGGUGCAGGGGCAGGUGCAGGGGCAGGGGCAGGUGUUGCAGGUGGGCCAGGGGCAUGUGGUGCGGGGGCGUCUGGUGUAGGGGCGGGCGGGGCAGGUACGACAGAGAGAGCAGGACCAGCAGCCCAAUCAGAGAGCAGUGGAAGCAGCCCCGAGCAGAGGCGUGCCACGAAUCGAUUUAGCCCGAGCAAGCAAGGGAGCCCAAGCCCGGCGCACAAGGGCGGCGGCACUGUCAUUCCUCACGACGCCACCCUCCCCUCGGGCCUGUGGGAUUUCUUCGCAGGCACAUCAGCAGGCCCACCGCUGCCGCUGUCAACAGUGGCUGACUGGGGGGUGGCGGGGAGGCGGCAGCACAAGUGGAUGGUGGAUGGCGUGUGGAUGGAGAUGUCUAGAAAGGAGUACGAGACCAUGCGUCAGACCCUGGCAGAGCAGCAGAAUCAACUGGCAACACUGGAGCAGUUACGGGCUGAUAAGGUCUGGAUGGAGGCUGCCUUGGCGCAGUUCAUAGAGCUCAAGAGGAAAUACGAGACGGAAAACGAAAGCCUACUGUCAAAGAUCGCCAUCGAUGCCGACGACUCGUUAACAACAGCGCUGAAGCUGUUUCAGGAGCACCACGUGACGUCGAUGCCCGUGCGCAACCGUCGCCUCUCUGCACCGCACCAAACCGAGAAGCCGUCGCUCAAGAAGCCCCAAGCUUUGCAGUCCAUCAUGGUGCAUCCGUCACCCAUGCGAUUCGUCGGCAUGGUGAGUCGUCUUCGCACGUCGCGCGUGCAAUUCAUCGGCAUGCUUUCGGUGGUGGACGUGGCGAUCUUCCUCGCGGAGUGGGAUGGUAACAAGGGCGCGCGUGGCGACGACGGCGAAAUGGUGGCGAAGACCCUGUGCGACGUGAAGGUCGCUGACGUCAUGGGUAAAUCCGAGGAGACACGUCAGAUGGUCGUCGUGGAUCCCCAUGCCAGUGUGUGGCAGGCGAUGCUGCUGCUAGGCGCGGGCGGCUUCCAUCGCGGCCUCGUGCCCAACAUCUGCCCGGGCGAGCACGAACUGCUCCCUCUCACCGAGCCUCCCCCCAAGCCCACCUCCCUGGCGGAGAGGCGCGCAGAGAAGGAGGAGAAGGGUGACGGGGAGGAGGGGGAGGGGAAGGGAGCAGGAGCGGCGGUGGUGCCGGCGCCGCCGAUGCCUCUGGCGGUGCAUAGCGAGGUGACGGGCUGCGUGGUGGGCGAGGAGUAUCGCGUGCUGUCUCAGAUGGACGUCGCCACGUUCCUGCUGUCGCACGAGGGGCUCAUGGGGCUUGCACUGGCUAAGAAGGUGGAUGAUCUGGGACUGGUGUGGCCGUUGGUGGUCACCAUAACGCCGUCUGACACUCUGCUGCACGCCUUCCGCCUCUUCAGGCGCCACCAGGUCACUGCACUCCCUGUGGUGGCUGCACAUGCGUCUGAGCCCCAUUCCGGCUUCCACGCGUGCGGCGAGGUUCUGAUCGACACUCUCUCCGCCUCUGACGUGCGCUGCAUUCACGUGCUGGAAGGGGGGGUGGAGGGGAAGAAGGGGCAGGAGGGGUUAAAGGAGGAGAAGAAAGAGGGGAAGAAGGAAGAGGGGAAGGGGAAGCACGGGAAGAAGGGGAAGGAGAGGAAGGGUCACCAUGCGAAGAAGACUGCGGUGCGGGUGGGUGAGGAGGAGUUUGAGGACCUGGGGGAGGUGACCGUGGGUCAGUUCCUGAGCGCUGUCAGGACGGCACAGAACCGCCACCUCAUCACGUGCACUCGCAACACGAGUCUGAGGCGGGUGCUGCACCGCAUGGUGAGGGAGAGGGUGCACCGCGUGUGGGUGGUGGACCAGCAGGAGCAGCCCUCGCCCAUGCCCUCCCCUCGCAUCCCCUCUACAAGCAUCUUCAAGGACAACCUAGAAGACCAGGGUCAUGCUGGCAACGGCAAGCCGAAGCCGCACGCUGCUACAGUGCUGCCGGCUAUAGAAGAGGACAAACCGGCUGUAGCGGACGAGGGUCCGGCUGUAGCAGGAGGAGAAGAGGGGGCGAGACUUGCUGCUGCUAGCCUCUUACAAGGUGUAGCUGGGUCGCCUAUGGGAGGGGUUGGAGGAGGAGGAGUGGGUGGGGGAAGUGUGGAGAUGCAUUUACAGGGGGUGGUGAGCCUUACGGACAUUCUUCGUAUUGUGCGUGUGCUGCCCAUUGCUAGUCUCUCUUCCUCUCAGCUGGGCGAACUGGGGAAGGAGCUGGAUGUGCAGGAGGGAGGGGAGGGGAAAGAGGAGGAGUUGGAGGGGUGGGAGAUGGGUGGAGGGGAGUUCCUUACGCCUGAUUGGAGCAUCGCGCCUGGAUCCCUGCUGGAUUGGUGGCCGAAAAUGAGCAAGUCUUCGUCGGUUGGUGCUUGA